UCGGUGGAUGGGACCCAAGGGACCGCAGGAACGCGAUGGAGUCGAGGGAGCCAAUCUUUCCAUUCCCGAUGUCCAGAGACUUCAGGCAAGAGCAGGAUUUGGCCGCUGGUGGGUUUCACCAGAAGUAUAAUCCCAAGGAAGUGCUUGGCAGGGGAGUGAGCAGCGUGGUGCAGCGAUGCGUCCACAAGAAGACAGGACAAGAGUACGCGGUGAAGGUGAUGGAGGUGCCGGAGGAGAGUUUGUCCCUUGAACAGAUGGAGGAGGCCCGCAGGUCCAUCCGCAACGAGGUUGAGAUCCUUCAGAUGGUUCUUGGCCACCAGAGCAUCAUCACACUAAUCGACCACUUCAGUUCAGCCACAGUGACUUUUCUCGUGUUUGAUCUGAUGAAACGAGGGGAACUGUUUGACUAUCUGACAAAGAAAGUUCUCCUGACUGAGAGAGAGUCAAGGGUUAUGAUGAGGGAAUUACUGGAGGCGGUCAGAUACCUCCACAGCCGACACGUGAUCCACCGGGAUAUCAAGACGGAAAACAUUCUGCUCGACGACCGGCUGCACAUCCGCCUCUCCGAUUUUGGAUUCUCCUGCAUCGUGCAGCCCGGCCAGUUGCUGAAAGAGAGGUGUGGAACCCCUGGAUAUUUGGCCCCAGAACUUCUGCUCUGUUCCAUGAGUGACUAUCACCCAGGAUACGGCAAAGAGAUAGACCUUUGGGCAUGUGGGGUUGUGAUGUACACGCUGGUAUCGGGCUAUCCACCGUUUUGGAAUCGCAAACAACUAAUCAUGCUUCGAAACAUCAUGGAGGCGAAGUAUCGAAUGGACUCGUCAGAAUGGAUGGAUCGAACUCACACUGUCAAAGAUCUGAUCACUCGGAUGUUAACUCUGGACCCUGCAUUAAGAAUCACUGCAGACCAGGCCCUGCGUCACCCCUUCUUCAGAAGCUACAAGGCCGAACGACGAUCAUUCACCCCCAUUCAGAAGUUCCGCGCGGGUGUGUGGGCGGCAAGGAUGUGCGUGGGACUGUUCACCGCGCUGGGUCGCGCCAAGCCGGUGGGACGCACGGAAUUCUCCCAGGACCCCUACAGCUCGAGGUUUGUGCGGAAACUGAUCGAUGGCUGCGCGUUCAGCAUCUACGGGCAUUGGGUGAAGAAGGGCCAGAACCAGAACCGCGCCGCGCUCUUCCAGCGACAGUCCAAGGUCCAGCUUGCCCACUGGGAUAGCAGCAGCUUCCGCACCGAACGCACUAUGAUUCGCUGGGCUGAUGAGAAGUGAUCGAUGGCCGUUCCUGAAUGAACUGACCCUCUCUCCCCUCCCCCUCUCUC